AUGUCAAAAUUUGGUAUUCGUGGCCCUACUAUUAACGAACGUGGGGGUAUUAAUAUUUGUUGUUGUCGCGUUUGUACUUGUAUAAAUUUUAGUUUUAUUGUAUCAAAAAUUGGUAUAAUUAAAGGUGCUGAAGUUUUAUUAGCAGCAAUGUGUGAAACAUUAUUAAUACGUUAUGGAAUUCCGUAUGCAUCUAGUAUUGGACAAGCUUUAACUAGUUUUUUAACAGCAACUGCUUGUUGUUUUACAACAUCUUCAAUUCUAUUAUUUUGUUAUUGUUUCUCAGAAAAAAGUUACAAUUUAAUAAGGCAAUCAUUUUUUGAAAUUUUAUUUAAUGGCAUAGCUUGUUUCUUAUAUUUGAGUGCAUCAAGUUAUAUGGGAUUUGCUACAGUAGUUUAUUUACAUCCACAAUUUUUGAUUACUCCCGGUUUUAUGGCAUAUCCGGCAAUGACUGCAGUUUAUUACAUGGGAUAUGUGGCAGCCUUAGCACACGGAGUUGAUUGUUUUUUUGCAUUGAAGUUCUUCAGAAGGCAUGGUUAAAAAUCAUUAAGAUAAUAUUUUAAUAUAUUUAAGUGUGAUAAAUUAAUUUUUUAUUUAUUUAUUUUUACUUUAUACGAUAAAUAAGCAUAAGGCUAAAUUUAUUUUUAUAUUUCAAUAGAAUUGAAAAAUCAAGUUUUAUCUUCGGUAAGGAUAAGUA